UCUUCCCCUCUUUCCUCCUCACUAGUGGUCACCACUCAAUUUUGUGCCCUUUUACGUCUACAGAAAUUGUUCAUUCUACAGACACUCAAACUAUAUUUUCUCUCUUUAUCCACCAUUAGAAGCUCAGGUUCUUGAAAGCAUGGAAGCCUGAAUGUUAGUUGCUGAUGGCAUUUAGAGGUCGAGGUCGUGGAAGAGGUUUCGGUGGAAGUGACUACAAGUUUGCAAAGCAAGAGCCUUUCGUACUUUAUCCUGAUAUUGAGCUACCUGAUAGAAACAACGUUCCUGAAGAGAAGGAAUUAGCAGUACAUAAUCAUAGGUUGCGGAAUUUCUAUCGCACCUCACCCUACAACCUUGGAGAAACAGCCUCAGAAGAAGAUGCGGUGGAGAUUGAGAGGUACUCUGAUAAGGCCAAGGCUACACUUACUGAUUAUAUAAAAGUUGAACAUGGAUAUCUUCCUGAAGAACUUCUUGAAGGCACAAGCCGCACAACAUGCAGGGAGAAGAAAGUGCAAUGGAAUCCAGAAAGAGACCUUGAAAAGCUGGAUUUCCUGGAGGAUCUGGAGAAGCUUCAAAGUAAUGAAGACAAAAAAGGCAAGAAAGAGAAAGAAGGUGAAGAUGACGAACAAGAAGAUGAGGAUGUAGAGGAGGAAGAUGAACAGAUUGCUCAGGAGAAAAAGGAGAAGAAGCUGAGGCGACUGGCCAAGGAGAAGCUGAGGAAGAAAGGAUACUUUAAAAUGCUCAAUCGAGAAGCUGGAGCGAAUGGGGACGCUGUCUAUGCCACAUCAGACGAGGCUGAAGAUUCUUCGUCCGUUAGUUCGGGCUGAGGAUUCCAUUUCAUUAUCAUCACUGUGUGUCCUUCUAUUUCAGUCUUACUUGAAUAAUGAUCUAUAAGGUAACAUGAAAAAGGAAGGUAACACAAGUUGUAGACCUUAUAUCACUUUCAGAAUUCUAGAUAGUAGAAGUAAACGUUGUUACUGUUGUAGUUGCUGUUACUAUUUUGAGCUGUAUAAACGCAACAAAACUUUCUUCAUCACUGAUAAAACACACAGAAGUAAAAGUUGUUACUGUUGUAGAUGGAUUUGUAGUUCCACCAGCAGUUGUUCAGGAAA